AUGGCAGGCCCUAAAGCUGCUGCUUUGCUUCUCCUUCUCUCGAGUCUGGCCUCGGCCUCUGUCCCUGUCGCCCGGGGAGAGGCGUCGUCGGCUGUCGCCUCCUCUGCUGCGAGCACCGCGACCGCGAGCUGCUGGCACUAUUUUCUGACUGCGACCCUGACCGAGGACGACACCGAGCAAAACGAGGACUCCACGACGACAUCGACCCGGAGGCGACGGGGCCACGGGCAGAUCUCUCACAUCGAUCACCUUGAGCGUCGAGGCCACGACGUGUUUUCCGAACUGGGAACUUGCAGCCUGGGGACUAAGAUCUACAAGCCUCCCUAUCCACGUUCCAAGACCAUCCAGAAAAUCCAAGAGUCGACCUCAGGCUGGGAGUUCCUCGGCUACUUCAUUCCCAAGUUGGAUGAAUGCGAGGCUGCAGCCACUUAUACCACUAUCGCGCAGUCGGCAGAUGUGCCUAAGGCUACGGCGGCAUACUGGGAGACGGUCCAGGCGAAUGCCAAAGAUACUUAUCUCGCUCUGGGAACGCAGAUCACGACGACUAAUGCGGAUCAGCCUCACAUCAAUAUCGACCAUGUUUACGAGCUGCAGAUUUUGGACUCUUUCUUGACGGCAAUGAUCGAAAAAUACGGCUUCUGCGAUGAUUUCAAGACCUGGUUCCUGACCCUGGACAGCUCAUUCACGAACAAGCAGGGCAAACACGUUUCGCGGCUGCAGAGGAUAUACAGCUAUCUGCCUAGCAUUACAUACCCGGAUGUGGUGGCUGAAGACAGUCGCUUGAACAGUUACAAAGCUCCUAUGUUCGCUAGCGACAGCCUCUCCGGUCUCCCCACCCCCUCCGGCUCCGGCGAUGACCUCCAGUCCAACGCCCUCAGCAUCAUGAACACGAUGGCCGUGGUGGUGGCCAUGCUCCGAGACAGCAGCAUCGCCGAGCUCUUCAAGGCCUCGAACACCCGCAUCUACAAGGCCUUCCUGGGUAUCGACAACCUACAGAACACAGAAUGCAACGCUUCCCCCUCACCCGAGGGCGGAUGGGCCAGCGCCUACUCCAGCUGGAUGGAGGAGUUCGUCAAGACCCAAGCAGCCGCCGUCUCCAGCCGCAUCUCGUCCGUCUCGGCACAGGUCAGCAGCACCGAGGCUGCGGGAGUCAAGAACGUCUACGGCAAGGCCCUGGAUGCCUUCAACGCAGCCUACCCGACCGCAUCAUGGGAAUGGGACAGCACUCAACUACUGGACUGGAGCGGCGGCGAUGCUGUCGCUUUUGCAAAGCGCGGCGGGUCUUCCGUAGCGGCUUGCACGCCGACGGCGUCUUCUUCAGCCGCUGUGUCGCACUCUCACUCCGUGACGGCUACGCACACGGGAAGCACGGCGGUGGAAACUAGCUCCCGCGCGACUCAUAUAUCGGCGACGCAUAGCUCGAAGCCUCCCGCCCUGACCCCGACUACGCAUACCUCGACGCUCACCCAGACGGAGGCCAAGACCCAUAGCUCGGGAUCGGCGGAGAUAAAACACAGCAGCAGCACGAAGGUUGUGGAUACGGAGACUGCGCCAGCGACCUCGACCGCCGUCACAAAGACCACGUCCUCGGAGGUGAAGAAGACUACUACCACCACUACGUCUGCAAAGGACACUCCCACGACCGCAUCGGCGGAGUCUACCAGUACCACGGCCAAGGAGACCACCACCAGUACGACGGCGAAGGAAACCACCAGCACAACCAGCUCGACCAGCACGUCCACGACCAGCACGACGACCAAGGAGUCGAAGACCACUACCACCGAGAAAGAGACGACCACCUCCGAAGCUAAGGAGACCGACAAGACGACCACGACUAAGGAGGAGACCAAGACGACGAAGAAGUCCUCCACGGAGACAGAGGAGUCAUCCUCGUGCAAGAAGAAGAAGUGCAAGAAGGGUAAAUGCACCUGCGAGGCUUAG